UCUUAUUCAGAAAAUUCUCUCGGGUAUGUAUAUAGAACAUAGUUUUGUUUUAAUCUUCAAAUCCAAAUCUAAUAGAAUGUUAAUAUUCAAUUCAUAGUCAAAUUGCAUAGUAUAAAUACCUCAAAUAUUCUUGAGUACUACAAGCACCACACACUCUUCUCACAACUAAUCAACUUCAUAUAUAGCAAUUAUUUGUCACACUUCACUAGCUACCAUGGCAACCAAUAAUCAAUUAUAUCAUAUUUCAUUGGCAUUGCUCCUAUGUUUGGGAUUGUGGACUAUUCAAGUCACUUCUCGCACUCUUCAAGAUGGCACCAUGAAUGAAAGGCACGAGCAAUGGAUGGAUCAAUAUGGAAAAGUUUAUAAGGAUUCUCAAGAAAGGGAGAAACGUUUCAAGAUAUUCGCAGAAAAUGUGAAUUAUAUUGAAGCUUUCAACAAUGUUGCCAAUAACAAGCGAUACACACUAGGCGUUAAUCAAUUCGUGGACCUCACAAACGACGAGUUCAUAGCAUCUAGAAACAAAUUUAAGGGGCAUAUGUGCUCAUCAAUCACAAAGACAACAAGUUUUAAAUAUGAAAAUGUAAGUGCAAUUCCAUCUACGGUGGAUUGGAGGAAGAAAGGUGCAGUAACACCUGUGAAGAACCAAGGCCAAUGUGGAUGUUGUUGGGCAUUCUCUGCAGUUGCAGCAACUGAAGGAAUCCAUAAGUUGACUGCCGGAAAGUUGAUUUCUUUAUCAGAACAAGAACUUGUUGAUUGUGACACAAAAGGUGUUGACCAAGGUUGUGAAGGAGGUCUUAUGGAUGAUGCUUUCAAAUUCAUCAUUCAAAAUCAUGGACUUAGUACUGAAGCCAAAUACCCAUAUCAAGGUGUUGAUGGAACAUGCAAUGCAAACAAAGCAUCCAUCAAUGCCGUUACAAUUACCGGGUAUGAAGAUGUUCCUGCCAACAAUGAGCAGGCACUACAAAAAGCUGUGGCAAAUCAACCAAUUUCUGUGGCUAUUGAUGCUAGUGGAUCUGACUUUCAAUUUUAUAAAAGUGGUGUUUUUACUGGUUCAUGUGGAACUGAGUUAGAUCACGGUGUUACUGCUGUCGGAUAUGGCGUAAGUAAUGAUGGAACCAAGUAUUGGUUGGUUAAGAAUUCUUGGGGAACUGAUUGGGGUGAAGAAGGAUACAUUAGGAUGCAAAGAGGAGUUGAUGCUGCUGAAGGACUUUGUGGCAUUGCAAUGGAAGCAUCUUACCCUACUGCUUAAAUUCCAAACUUAAUGCUUAUAUGUUACCUAAACAUUGUAACAUUCACCAUGG